AUGCCGCCAUCAAAACAGACGACGAUUGAGGAUGACGUUGAUGAUUUGGAUGACGUUCUCGAGCAAUUCAACGCACCCUCUACAUCCACAAAGGCCAAAGAACCAGCAAAGGCACCUAAAGCUCCAGAUGCUGCAAAAAAGGACGAUUCUAUAGACGAAGACGAGUUUGCGAAGCAGUUUGCAGACGAAAUGGAAGCGUUCAUGAAAAGCCUAGCGGAUCCAAGUGGCAGCAUACCUUCUGAAAUCGAUCCUGAUGCGGCCAAGAAAGCAGAAGCUCUGCGUAAGGCGUGGGAAUCUCUCCUUGUUGACGAUCUCGAACAGGAGGACGAGACUUUGGAAGACGCCACUCUUAACGUUCCAUCCACAUCGACAGGAACGAAAUCAAGUGCAACUGCGGAUGCGAAAUCUAAGACGAAAGAAGAAGCUGAGGAUGCGUUCCAGAAUGCCGUCAAAUCAGCAAUGGACAAGCUCAAAAAGAGCGAUGAAAGCAACAAGGCGGAUUUGAAUGAAGGAGAUCUUUCCAGCUUGCUUUCAGCGUUUUCGAACCUCAACUUUGACGGGGAAGGAGGAGACGGUGUUCAAGGCGUGCUGGAGACGCUGAUGGGUCAACUCAUGUCAAAGGAGAUACUAUAUGAACCCCUAAAGGAGCUGAACGACAAGUUCCCAGAAUAUUUGGAGACCAAUCGCUCCCUGAUAUCUACCGAGGAUCAGGUCCGUUACGACAAGCAAAAGAGUAUCAUUUCAGAAGUCAUUGCCAUAUUCGAGUCACCCGACUACUCGGACACGAACCCCGCCACGAGUGCGGAGAUUAUCAAGCUCAUGAGCGAAAUGCAGGAAUACGGAUCGCCGCCGGCUGAAAUUAUGGGCACGUUACCGCCUGGUUUCGAUGUGGGCUCUGACGGCUUGCCAUCUUUGAACGACCAAUGCAUUGUCGCGUAG